UGUCUGUAUUCGACUGAGGGGUGAUAUGAAGCGGGGCCGUCGCUGUCUUUUCUCAGGAGCUUCACUGGCCACGAACCUUCAGACCACAGCUUCUCUAGAAUCUUUUGCGAAAUCACCACGCCUCGGACUCGACAAUGAGCAACAGAAACAAACCCGGCCGAAAGCCAUUCGGUAAAGGGAAGACCCUGUUCGGAAACAAGGGCCCUGGAGGUGACGAUGACGAAGACUUCGACAACGACAGCGACAAUAAUGAUGACGACGACCGAUCGACCACUAAGAAGCCCGUAAGGAGAAGGGACAAGACGACGGGGAAGCUGGAUCAAAACCCCGGCGGUCCCGACGACGACCUGGAGUCCGUUAAUGAUGACGACGACGACGAUACAGGCGGCAGAACCUCGAAAGAUCCCAAGCUGCGCCGGAGCGGCAAGGUCAAGCCCUCGGACAUUGAAGCCAUCAACGAUGAAGACCCGGUCGACAGUAACGAUGAGGAGGAGGGCAUCUCGGACAAUCCCGAGAAGGCGGCUGAACAAAUCCAGAAGAGCUUCGCGGCCGUCGGCCUCCGUCCGCCAGCAAAGCUGCGGUUCAAAAAGACCAAUGUCUCGCCCAGUGGAGAAAUCAUCGGCGAGCCCGUUGAGGAGGAGGUGAACGCCGAGUUCAUAGGGCAGGUCGCAGAGGCCAUCGAUGAGGUCGACGUGAAAAUCCAGAGUAUGCUCAACAAAGUCGGGUCCGGCGCCGACCCGGCGCGUCGCCGCAACGCCAUCUUCCUGAACGACGAAAAGGCCAUCAAGGAGUUCGGUGAGGCGGCCGCGACGGUCCAGAAUAACGCCUCACUGAAGACAGUCCUCAAGAAUGCCGGCAUGAAGGUGGGCGGCAUCACCGUCAGCGUCCUCGCCGUCAUUGGCGGCAUCGCCCUCAUCACCGCGGGCAGCUUCUUAACCAUCGUUUCCCAGGCAGGGGGGCCCGCCAAGAUCGCCGCGGCCAUUUCCGCGCAAGUCGUCAAGGGAGCCGAGACUUUGAACAACAAAAUCGACCGGAAGCUAGAUGCAGCUGCCUUGAAGAAGGCCAACGCCGUGCAGCUGAUGCGGCUGCUGGGCACCAACGAGAAGGACGCCGCCGAAAAGGGCACCAUAGACCAGACUUCGGUGGCUACGUUUAAUCGGUUCAAGUUGAUGGCUGCAGCCAACAUGAAGGAGAACGAGGCUGAUGACAAAGAUGAGGUCGGAGGCGAGGAAGCAUAAAGACAGAUAGAGGCCGCAAUAUGAGU